CCGCCGCGCUGGGGCCCCGCCGGGCCAUGGGGGCGCUCGGGCUGGCCGCGCUGCGCCUCUCGCUGCUCGCCGCCGCGGCGCGGGCCGCCAGCCAGGUGUUUGGUGACAUGGACCAAGUGCGGAUGACGUCCGAGGGCUCUGACUGCCGCUGCAAGUGCAUCCUGCGGCCUCUCAGCAAGGAUGCCUGCAGCCGCAUCAAGGAUGGCAGCCUGCGGGCGGAGGAUUUCUACACGGUGGAGACGGUGAGCUCGGGGACAGACUGCAAGUGCUCCUGCACGGCCCCACCCUCCUCGCUCAGCCCCUGCGAGAACGAGUGGAGGAUGGAGAAGCUGAAGAAGCAGGCUCCAGAUCUCUUCAAGCUCCAGUCCAUGGUUGACCUGCUGGAGGGAACACUGUACAGCAUGGAUUUGAUGAAGGUCCAUUCAUACAUCAACAAGGUGGUCUCCCAAAUGAAUACUCUGGAGGAGACCAUCAAGACCAACCUGAGCAGGGAGAAUGACUUCAUGAAGGAGAGCGUCGUUCACCUGACCAACCAGAUGAAGCGCUAUGAGAACUAUUCUGACAUCAUGAUCAGCAUCAAGAAAGAGAUCUCCAACCUGGGCUACCAGCUGCUGCAGAAGGACGCUGCCGCUGUCCCUGAGAGCAAGGCCCAGGACACGGCCGGGGGCAAAGGCAAGGAGGCGAGCAAGUACCCCAGCGCCCGCAAGAGCCUGGGGGACAAGGCAGCUGUGAGAGUCCCCAAGGCAAAGCUGCCAAAAACGGAGAAGCCCAAGAAGGAGAGCCUGAGGGUCAGACCGGGCGCAUCGCAGCCCACCCCCAAGCCCAGGCCCUCCGGUCACCAGCAAACGGUGAUCCGGGGCAUCACCUACUACAAGGCUGCCAAGCAGGAGGAGGCCGAGGGCCUGGUCAGCAACCGAGAAAGCCCCGGGAAGGGGAGCCCUUGGAUGGACCGGCCGGAGGAGAGAAACCCCGAGUCUUACGCUGCUGCAGAGGCCCAGGGGAGAGUCGGCGAGCAGGUGGAGACCACCUCUGCCCACUCCACCCGGGCCCCCAGCACCACCCGGGCCCCCAGCACCACUACCCAGAGCCCACCAGUCACCGUCCUCUCCAUGGGGGACAAUGCUGAAGGCACCGAGAGGCUGGAAGCGCCUAACCAAGCAGUGAAAGAGGUGCAGUGUGAGGGCACCAUCAAGUCUGUGGAGCCCCCCGUGGAACACCACAGCUACGGGCGUAACGAGGGGGCGUGGAUGAAGGACCCCGCGGCCAGAGACGACAGGAUCUACGUCACCAAUUAUUACUAUGGCAACAACCUGGUGGAGUUCAGGAGCCUCGACAACUUUAAGCAAGGUCGUUGGAGCAACCUGUACAAGCUCCCUUACAACUGGAUCGGGACCGGCCAUGUGGUCUACCAGGGAGCGUUUUACUACAACCGCGCCUUCACCAAGAACAUCAUCAAGUACGACCUGAAGCAGCGCUUCGUGGCUGCCUGGGCCCUGCUGCCCAACGUGAUGUACGAGGACACCACGCCCUGGAAGUGGAGGGGCCACUCAGACAUCGACUUUGCAGUCGACGAGAGCGGGCUGUGGGUCAUUUACCCUGCAGUGGACUAUGACUACUCCCAGCUGGAGGUGAUCGUCCUGAGCAAGCUGGACCCCAGUGACCUCUCCGUGAAGAGGGAGACCACCUGGAAGACAGGCCUCAAGCGCAACUCCUAUGGGAACUGCUUCAUCGUCUGUGGCAUCCUGUAUGCCGUGGAUGUGUACAGCCAGAAGGAUGGGCAGAUCUCCUAUGCCUACGACACCCACACGGGCACUGAGGCCAACCUCAAGCUGCCCUUCCUCAACAAGUACUCCUUCACCACGCAGAUUGACUACAACCCCAAGGAGAAGGUCCUCUAUGCCUGGGACAACGGCCACCAGGUGACCUACAGACUGCACUUUGUGGUCUGAGCAGCGGGCCCUGUGUCUCGGCGUAGGUUGGUCCUACAACAUCAAGCACUUUUAGCUGUGUGUCCAGGGGCAAGGCGCCUCCGUGUGCCUUACACCACUUCUGCACUUGGGCUGCAAACAAAUCCACACACUUGCGCACCCCCUGCCACGGACCUCUAACUGCUUUUGUGAGUCAGUCGUUGCCGGAAAACAGGCAAACUGGCCUGGUGCAGCCAGGCCUUGGCCAGGAUCAGUGCCUUGCAGGAGAAGACCUCUGUGCUGCCCCAGCACCCAAUCCAAAGAGCUCUCUAACUAGGGUGACCAGAUGUCCUGAUUUUAUAGGGACAGUCCCGAUUUUCGGGCCUUUUUCUUAUAUGGGUACCUAUUACCCCCAACACUCUGUCCUGAUUUUUCAUACUUGCUGUCUGGUCACCCUAUCUCCAACCAGCCAAAUCCCAUUCCCCUCCUAAGAUCAGCCUUAGCCCCUCUCCCUGGAUCCUCCAGAGCCAAGUGGUAGCUGGGGGAAGGUGCAAAUGGGAUCUCUCCCUAGGUUUCUAACACCAGCCAUUUGCUCAGCAUCUUGGGCUCAGCUUUCCACCCUUCUUGUCUAAGUCCAGUGCUAAAGUAUUGUGCAUGCAGAUUUUACAUGGUGGGUAGAGGUAACAGGGACGUCAUUUCUCUACGUUCCAGCCCUAGCUUGGAGGCAGGGGGAAGAAUUUCCCAUACACCAUCCACCAGAAGCACAGUCAUUGGUGGUAUUAAUUCACUCAGUCCCCACAAAGCAUUGGACCCAUUCUCCUCCAUCACCAAUCCAUGGCUUUAAGCCCUUUUCAUUCAGUGGUCAGCGUGUUUCAGCCUCCUAGAUUCAUUCCUGAAAGCCAUCUUGGCAUUUGCUGAAAUGGCUUGUCUCAUGCAACCAAACCUAAAUGGCUAGGAGACCUCUUUCUGUAAGCCCUGGUGCUGACAUCAGGGACUAGGAACUUUGCUGGGAACUGGGUGCCCAUGAAUUUCCAGGCUGGUCCACAUAAGGCAAGGUCUUAUUUAAAGUAUCAGCCAUCCGGCCGCUGAUCUGUACUCUGCAUUGUCUCCUGUAAAUAGCGACCCCCCUAUGUAUUCCUGUACAAAGCUGUAGCUUAUGGUGCCAAGUGCCAGGUUUUUGAGUGGUGUUGCUCCCUUCUCCACAUCUGUCCACUGCCCAAGCCAGUGUGGGGUGAGCAGAGCUCUCACUGCAUGUAAAUGUGGAAGGGACUGAGCUAUUUCUGAGCGCCCUGCGGGAGGGAGGGGUUUCCUCUGGCUCUGCACUGCAAUUGUCACCCCAGGGGUUUGACCAUCUUGGGUUGCUAGCAGGAAUUAGGAUCCUUUUCCUUUAUUCCCCUUUCUGCUGCCAGUCACUUUGUUACGUUCACAGGGUGACCAGCACCUGCUACAGCCCACCAAGCAGAAAUGCAGGCACCGGGUCUCAGAGUGACUUGGUGACACGGGCAUCAUGCCCCAGGCCCAGAGAACUUGCCAUGGAGCCCACACAGUGCCCACUCUGCCCAGAGCCUGUCUGCUACCUUCAAGGUAUUUCAUGUGCAUAAAAUUUGCAACAUCAGCAUUCUUCGUAGCAGAACAUCCCCUGCGGUCCCACUGUUUCCCUUCCCCUUACAGGUUCUAAGUCUUGGUUGCCUUCCCUCAAUCCUGUCUGAGAAUGGCUAGAUACAUGGUCUACUCCAGAGCCCACCAACAGCUGGUGGUCAGCCCCUGGUGACAUGGCUGCCUGCAGUAGAGAUCCAAAGGGGAAUGAAAGACACAGCAGCCAACUAGAUGAAUUCAGCUACAGGAGCAGAAGAAUCUCUCAAAGCGAGAGACUAGCUCAAACCAGCUGUCCCAGCACUUCACCCAGCAAGCAGACUGGCAGCGCCCACAACCAAUUUAGCUUCCUGGCAGCAUUCCCUCCUCAGAACUCACUGUCACCGGCCCAGGGCAGAACACUUUGCUAAGGGUGUGUAAGAGCUGGCUUUGCCAAACUGGCCUUUCGUGGGUAGUGCAUACAGCACUGCUCCCUGCCCCUCUGCCGGAGCCCACGCCGAGUGCCCCUAACCAGCACCACCAUGCACUCCCCAGGGACAGUGGUCGAGAGAAUAUUUUUAGGUCUGUGUAUCUGCCUUGUAACAUAACUCAGCAAGAAGGAGGGAGCAGCACCAUAUACCCAGCCAGUCCCCCACGGCCCCAGCAAGCGCUGUGUGCUUUGGGCCAUCUGUGUGAUCCCCGAUGGCUGGGUGUCCAUGGGAUAAGCUUGGUGCCAGUGUGGCCUUCCCCACAACAAAGUGCAGUAAGCAGACACUGCUACUGUGUUCGAUAGCAAUUUGCAAGCACGAGAGGCUGGUCCACUCUGUGCCCUAAGCCCAGGGGGCCAGCACAGCCCGGGCUCCAGGACCAUCAGGUAUUUCCCACACCCAGGCCCAGGCUCACCAGCAGGGUCCAGACAGACGUUCGAAUUCUGAGUCGGGUGCUACAUUUUUUUUUCUAGCUCAGAGGAAGGUUAUCAAGCCAAAGCUGGCUGAGGCAAGAAGGGCAGACAUUGGCACUGACUCCCAGCUCCUAAAGCACUAUUAGCCUGUGACACAGAUGGCUUUGAUCUUGCCUGGGGCUGGCCCAUUACUAACACAGAGGUUUGCACAGCAACGCCUUUCCCGAGGGGAAGGUUCACUGCGCUUCCCAGCAUGGAGCACGGGCUGUUUUCCUUUGCUCGCCAUUGCAAAGAGCGGAGUGUGGUUUGUAAUCUCUCUGCUCUCCCUGGCACAGCCUGAGUUCACAGCCUAUGCCUGAUACUCCAGCUGAGCGGAGUGGGAGCAUCACCAGGCACUCGGACAAUCUCUGAGAGUUUUGCCCGAGCCCUGCUAAACUCUCCCCCAUUCUGGGCGUCCCCAGGACAUCUGGGUGGGGCAGAUGCUGCCAGGUCUCCUGGUCCCACUGCUGGAGUCAGUCAACAGCAGAGCCUCGGGCAGCUCUUGUCAGCCACAAGCUUUCCCGCCCCGAUGUCCCUGAGCAGCUCUGUCCCCAGGAAGGUGGAGGCUGGGGAGAGCAGCUCUUGCCUCACACACCGCAGUGCUGGGGAAGGCCGUGAGGAGGAAGAGGGGUGUCAGGGGUGCUGGUUGAAUAGGGAGGCUGCUCAGGGCUGCAAUCACACCUAAGCUCUCCUGUGCUGAGCACUAGAGGCAGGUGACCUCCACAAUUCUGGGGAGUGCAGCACCCCUUCCAAUACCCCCUUGCACCUCUCAAUGGGAAGAGUUUUUCCAGCAGCUCUUCCAGCCAGGCUGCUCCUGGAGUCCCAUGGCAACCCCAUUGGGACCACCGUCAAAAUGCAUUUCCUUGAAUGUUGUAGCUGCCCAGGCGUACAAAUGCCUUAGUGUGCCACUUACAGGUGCCGCAAAUCGGCCUUACCCUAAUGCCCCAAGGGCAGGGGUUUGAGAGCGCUCUGGCAAGAGGGGUUUAUUUGGGUUACUUAGUCCCGGCAUAAGCAGCAACCAUCAACUGCUAGUUUAGAAAAUGUGAUGAAGCCAUCUCUGCUUUCUGCAGCUCCUUAGCUUACCACUGACAUGCACUCAGGGCAGCAACCCAGAACCCUCUCACCUGGCAAAUGAAGGCUCUCCAUUGCUGGCUGUGCUGGGUGUGAACUCCACUUAGAUUAAUGAUGCCUGGAAAAGGAAUAAGGCUGCAAAUGGCAAGCCGUGUAUGUUGUUCAGAUGGCGUUUGCUGCGUUCACAGGCUCCCAGCCGUUGAGGGAGGGGUCUGUGGCUAGAAGCAGGGAGUGCUUGGCUUGAUUUCCAGUCAUUCUUAGAAGUGAACCAUAAUAAAAAAAUAACAGGAUGAAAAACCCAA